CCAGUGCCGAGCCCCGUCAUUGGUCGGGGUGCAGGGCGAAGGGCCAGACUCCGGUGCUCCCUGGCCUGGCCCCUAAGCGUGCCGGCCUUGGAGGAUUUCCUUUGGGGAAAUGACCCAUUUGAUUUUUCUGGGCAUAGACUGGGUACGGAUACGCAUCCUGCAUCUACCGGGCUAGGCUGGUCCAGUUGGGGAUGUGGGGGUACACCAGUAAAUCUCUUCGGAGAGUUUUUGGCCAUAUGGACCCCCAAAAACUACAGAUGCCUCUACCCAGCAGGCCUGCUCCCAGCCAGACACAGACGCCGGCACAGGGCGAUGAACUGCGGUUGCGAUGAAGCAGAAAUCAGGUGUCCCCGACGGCCACUGAGAGGCGGAGGGAAGUGCGUUCGGGGGUCCCUCACAGUGAAGUGCUGGUUUCAACACUUCGAUGGACAAAUGGUUGAAGAAGGAGGCUGCUUCAGGCUCCCCUCUGGCACAGCCACCGGACAGCUGUCUGGCUCUAGGCCAGGGGGGACCUGUUUCUUCACGGGUAAGAAGGGAGGAGUCCCAGAUGCCAAGAGGAGUCAACCCACCUUCAUCCUGCACGGGACAACGGGCAGGACAGGAGCCAUCCCCCAUUUCACAGAGAAAGUUCAGGAAAAUCCUUGUCCUGGUCCUAGCUGGUCGUGGUGGGGCCAGGAAGGCGGGGCUCCUUGGAGCGGCAGGAACCUGGCUCUGGCCUCCUCCCCGGCUAUCCUGGCCCCGAGGCCCAGCGGGCGGUGGCCAGAGCAGGCCCGAGCACCUGUGUUCCCGAGCUGGCACGUCGGUGGGACAGACUUGGCCAGCUGGCAGGAGGCCCCUGCAGCCCCAGGCCCGUGGAAAGAGGCUCAGAAAGGCACCUGUGUCCACCCUGUCUCAUGCUGGCUUUUCCAGACCAGAGCCUCCUGGGUCUUUGGAAAGAACAUCCAGUCCCCGAGGCCCUGCCACGGACGUUCUGUGUGACCUCCGGUGAGUCGCCCCCCUCGCCGGGGAGAGUGGUCAGUAUCCACCUCACAGGGUUGACCAGAGAACCAGUGAGAAAAUGGACAUAAGCACCCUGUGUCGUCAUCACGCUCACGGCCACGCCUCACACUCCGCUUCUGUGAGAGAGCCCGCUCCCUUCUCCGCAGGCCGCACGUUGUAACCUGCCUGCAGGGAAGCCCUGGGACAGGUAGGUAAGGAAAGGCCUAAUGUUGUUAUUAUUAUUAUUAUUAUUAUUAUUAUUAUUAUCCACGGCUGUGGGGCCAGGCCUGGGAUUUGGAAGCUUCACACUCAGUUCUGGAGGCAACUUUGGCCAAAGUAGGAAGGCCCAGGGGGAGCACUGUGUUGUGGUUGAGGGCGACCCUCAUGGCAGGCAUUAGCAGUGGUUCUCAACCUUCUGGCCCUUUAAAUACAGUUCCUCAUGUUGUGACCCAACCAUAAAAUU